AUGUGCUGGCUCACAGCUAGACGGCGGCGUCAGGCUGAGGAGGAGCGCCGGAGACAGAUGAUGAGGCAAAGAGAAGAGGCGGAGAGGCGAAGAGAAGAGGCGGAGAAGACGCCCUGCUUCCGCUUGAGAAGGAACCUGGCCGCCUACGAGAUGGAGGAGGGAAGGAGGAUAAGAAGGGCCGCCGAGAGGGCCAAGGCGAUGGAGAACACCGGGGCGGCUGACAAGGUACAAGGGAAGGGGAAGAACGUGUCACCACAGGAGGUGAGGAUGGAGAAGGAGAAGACGAGGAAGGAGAAGAAAGAGGAGGAGAGGCUCAAGGCGAAGGUCGAGAAGGAGAGGAAGAAGCGCGAGGAGGAGGCCAAGAAGAAACGAGAAAGAGAGGCCAAAGAGAAGGAGUUGGAGAAGAAGAGGAAAGAGGCGUCCAAGAAGAGAAAGACCGCCAAGGGAAAAUGA